AUGAUAGUUUGUGCAGUUCGAAAUUCUGAGCUCGAAACGAUGCAGGACAGAGAGAAAAGUCCACAAUAUUCGUUGGAAAAAUGUUCGUACAGGUUUCUGCAACAAACUGCGAAGUCUAUGGGCUUGCCGUCCAAUGUAAAGAAAAUGUACCUGAUUCAGCUGAUAAAUGCGAAGAGGUUUAGCAGUGAGCAGGCAGUGGAGAUCCUCAUAAAGCAAGUGCGUCGGGAACGCCAACACUGCUCCAUGUUAAGAAGGAAAGCUGCUAAAAAUCGCCUGAAGAAAAAUGCACAGCAAAGUUCAGAGAUAUCUUCAACAAGCAACGGUCACUCACCACCUAUAACCCAUAUACCGAAGAGAGUCAGUCACAUCCUCAUCCGAUACAGUCCGGAAGUGCAUUCACCAAAUAAAUAUCCUCGGACCAUACAAAAAAGCAUCUCUAUCACUAGCAGUGACCGAGUACUACGAAGCUUUAAUCGGAUUAAAAAACCAAGUUAUUUACUCAACGAGAAUUUAAUGAGUUUGCUUGACAGUCCGGAAGAGAUUACCAAACAGGUUAGAAAUACCAAUAAGGUAGAAAAGUGUAGAAAUGUGAAAAGAGUGUUUGCUAAGAAGAUUUUUGAUGGUCGCCAUUGUUUUCAUGGUGGGGAGGUAAUGCCUGUGCAGAGAGAUGCGACCACUUCCCCACCACCAACGAGAAGACAGCAAAGACUAAGCGGUGUUUAUCCCCUACAGCCUGAAGACAUCAAGCUACCCACCGUCACAGUAAGACGGGCAGAUGGCAGCAUUUCCAAACUAAAAGCUAUCAUACAGAAACCACUUACCAUCACUGAUACACCAUCCAACAACAGAAAAGAACCAUUACAAAUAACUGACAGACCACAUAAUGAACAGAAUUCGUCAGAAAUCCCACAAAAUCUGAGCUACCGACCGUCAAAUACAGAUACAAGCACUCCAAAUUACAAUAACCAGCUAUCAAACUGGUCUAAUAUGGGGUACAGAACUUCAUCUGCAUCUGAAAUACCACACAAUAUGAACUAUUUGUCUCAGAAUAUGAUAGCUACCGUGUUCAAUUACAACUAUCAAGCACCGAGUAAUGCAUUAGCUAAUGUACCGCAGAACUAUGUCAGAUACAGCAACAGCUCCGAAGACACAAUGUCAGUUGGUUACCGUGACAAUCAGUCCAAUGACUACGGAGUAUACUAUCAUAAGAAGAUCAGAGCUGAACAAGUCAGGUCUUUGCGAAGUAGGGAGAUGGCUCGGAGCGCUGAGGUAGAAUGUCAGUUGCCAAGGAUCAAUGAAGUGUUCAGUAAAUUCAAUAGUGUUUAUUGUAGCGAUGUUACGGAACCAUUGUAUGUGCAAGUUGAUAAUGAACCGGAGAUUGCUCCACCACUUCAAUCCUACAUACCGGAUCCUCGCAUCCAAUACCAAGUAAAUACCCCAACCUUAGAGAAGUUCUACAACUUCAAGACUGCGAGCCAGUCUUUGCUACAGACUACCUCCAGUAAUAACACACGAACAGUCUACUGCACUCCUGUUAUAUCUACCGCCAAGGCGCAGCCGUCGGCGGCGGGCCCCGGCCUCUAUAACAUCGUUUCUCCGCCCCGGGAUAGCCAGGGACCAUAUACCCAGGUGCAGUACAACCAAGCACAGUAUAACCAGGGCAUGUAUACGAACCAAGAGGAAAUGCCGCGCGUUCGUGACUUCUUUAGGAGUUUCCACUGCGACGAGGACGCCGUCCAGGACUCUCAACCUCUAGCGCAGACAGCGGACUUCCACCGCUCGACGUCGUCUAUAGCGACACUGACGUCACAGGAACAAGACCACACCGCCAACAUCACUAUACCGGAGAUGGUGGAGGAUGCCUUCGAGAUCAUCAGCCAGGAUGGAGACUAUAUGGAACGCAUGGGAAUGGAUAUACGGAUGCAGUGCAUUCUAUGUAACUGGGCAGGACCCAAGAUCAUUCUCGAGUACCAUAUACGGAAGGAGCACGCCGCCCAGAUAGUGGAAUGCGUGGGCAGUGAAUGCGUGGCGCGCUAUAGUCUCGGAGUACUGGCGGCCAGGCGACGAUGUCUUACACACGUGUUACAGCUGAAGGGAGAUCUAUAUCUACUGUCCGCGGAGUAUAGAGACCCGGAUGACUUCAUUGCGUCGUUAUCUACACUAUCGUACGAGCCGGACGCUCCGAAGACCGGCAGCAUGACGAUCUACAACAAGGUAACAGGAGAACCGUUCACUUGGCAGGGAGAAAUCACAGACUUACCACUCUGCAUGCCAUGCGAAAAUAGCCCUAAUUGCUUCAAAGUUCCACUGUCUAGAAUGGACCUUUUGCCUAACAGCGCUAACUUGAUACUGUUAAAUCGUGAAUUAGUUGUUCGUUCCCCCACCAAGGUGGUUGUUGGUCAGCCAGAGUUAGAUGAUAUACAUAUCAAUUUGAUUGUUAAGAUUUUUGACUGA